CUGUGAUGCGCCAUAGAACUGUUUGUUAUCUUAUCUACAUAUUUAUUAAACUUACUACCAUUUAUGGUGAAGAUCAGGAAAACAGCGACGAAUUGUUGGUGAUGGACUUCACGUCGGUGCCGCAACUCAACGGAUGGAUGGAGAUGUCGGAUGUGUUGAAGCAAGUAGGCAAGUCCAAGGCAGCCCUGGUGCUUCACAAAACUCGGAGGUUCCAACGAGGGAUCCUCUUCACCAUGCUUAACCCUCAACCAGAUGGCGCUGGGUUUGCCGGUUUCCGCACGGACACACAGUUGGACCUGUCUGAUUAUUCGACGCUACAGCUGUUUUGUCGAGGACAAGGGGACUACUACGGUUACAAAGUGGUUUUACGUCACAAUGGGCAAAUCUCUCCCUCCUACGAACACAUGUUUCAGGCACCGAUUCGAAAGUUUGAAACAGUCGUGCUGCCUUUGUCACAUUUCGAGCCGUAUUUCCGUGGCCGAAAGAGAGAACACUCCCCUCCGUUAGACACCAGUAACAUUACCAGCGUUGCCCUCCUCAUGUACGGGGGUGGAUAUCUCCCUGUGAAACAAUCAGGAACGUCAUCCCUGGAGAUUAACUGGAUUAAGGCUGUUUGACAUAGAGAUUAAGUAAUCCAUCUUGACAUGUUGUAUUUUGGGAAGAUUCAGUUGAUUUUGUGUAAAUACAGAUGUAUUAGUUUUAUCUAUUAGUUUUAAGUCUUUAUUAACCAUUGACAAUAUGUCCUGUUAUUAUG